AUGCAGACCGGCUCUACCAUUGAAAGGCUGGACAAGCCCAGCACCUAUUAUUCCGCAAGAAAGAAGCGCAAGUACGGACGAGAUCAACCAGAGGAUCGCGACGGAGCCGACAACAAAGCAGACGAGGUAGAUCUUCUGAAAGAUGCCACUACUCUCUAUGUGGGCAACUUAUCAUUUUACACCACGGAAGAACAAAUUCACGAGCUGUUCUCAAAGUGUGGUGAAAUCAAACGACUGAUCAUGGGCUUGGAUCGGUUCCAGAAGACCCCUUGCGGGUUUUGCUUCGUCGAAUAUUAUACACAUCAAGAAGCGCUUGAUUGUAUGAAAUAUAUCGGCGGAACGAAGCUCGAUGAACGUGUCAUCCGGACCGAUCUCGAUGCUGGAUUCCAAGAAGGAAGACAAUAUGGUCGCGGCAAAUCAGGCGGACAGGUCAGAGAUGAAUACCGGGACGAAUUUGAUCCCGGAAGAGGAGGCUACGGUCGUGCAAUCGACGCAGAGAGAAGAAGGGAAGAGGAAGAAUACGGAAUUGGGAGAUGA